AGUUCACAAUGUCGCGAGGUUUUGCAAAGUACGUCAAGUUAAAGUAUCCUCCUACGGCGUCUGCAGUCCUAUCAGACAAACUGUUCGCUGUGGGUGGGGGUGGGGGCAAGUCGAAAUCAGGGAUUCCAAACCGGAUUUCGUUGCUUUGCCUGGAUCAGGACGAGCUUAAGGAAAUAGCGCAUCUAGACUUUGACGAUGAUCGAGUGGUGGGACUGUGCGCCUCCCCUAAAGGAAAGGUUAUCUUGUGUACAACCCACGGAGGAAAAACUCAUGCAGUGGGCUACAACGAUAAGGAACUGAAGUUGAUGUUUUCCAUGGCUACCGGCAAGGCUGAUCCUAGUGGAGACUAUCCGUCGCAACGGGCUGUGGCAUUCAACCCGGCAGGCACUCAGGUUGUUAUCUCCCACGGAGAAAAGCUGGGCAUGUGGGAUUUCUCGACAUCAGGAUUGAAGUUGAUAAGAGAUUUUGGAGUGAACGCUGACGGCAAGAGCUGGCAUGCAGAGGCGAUCCGUGACGUUUGCUUCCACCCAGAUGGAAAGAGAAUUCUUAGUCAUGAUGAUUCAACCUGCUGCAUUUGGGAUGCGAAGACUGGGAAGCUGCUGUUUGAACACUUAUCGGAGAAAAGUUCGAAUGUCGGGAAAGGAGCGCAGAAGUUCAGAGGUGCUGUAUUUACAGAGGACGGGAACAAGAUCAUUACCGCGCUGUCUACACGAGAUGCUGGGUUUAUCCAGGAGCACAAGGUUGAUAAGGAUCUGCCCAUCGUGAGGCAAAAGAAGAUUGUCACAUGUCCGAUUACGACGAUCAGUGGCCUCGACAAGAUGAUCGCGUUUGUGGGAUGCAGCGAUGGACGGGUUGCCAUGUUGAACUGUGCGAACAUUGGGAUUCAAUGUUGUCUGGACAUACACAGCAUGCCAAUAACCAAGGUGCAUGCACUGAAGUCACAUAAUUGUUUCUCCAUCGCUUUCGACAAUUUUUGCGGGCAUGGACUAAUGCAGGCAAAGAUCCACAAGCAGCGAAGGCAAUUUGCAAUGUUCUUGAUCUUCGCCUUUCUGUUUUUGUUAUCCGCCACAGUUUUCUUAGCUGGAGGCGACUUCAUUCGCAAGCUCCAAGGCACCGCGACUGUAAGCUAACUCGCCGUACUUUUCCAUCUGAGUCAGGCUAAUGACAACAAAAGUCGCAACUUGAACUUC